AUGACGGAUGAAGUCCUACAGGGAUUUGUUGCUGGUUCUGUGGGUAUUGCAGCUGACUACCUACCGGUGCCUGCUGUUGAUAUUUAUGGUUCUUUGAAUAUGGCGGUUGACUGCACUGCUGAUAUGAUGGAGCCGUACAACGAAAAUCCAUUUGACAAGGACCUUUGUGCUUGUAGGGAUGACGAAGGCACGUGUAAAGCGUGCAUAGCAAGCAAAUGGAAAAUCGAAUACAGUUAUUUUGUGACGCGUCAGUGGAAUUGUUCCAGACGUGACUCGCAAGCCGCUGAGAUUCCGAAGAAACCGCCGGCUGCUGUAUCCAAGGGACAUCUUCACGAAAUUAUAGCUGGAGUGUGCGUUUUUGUUGUUAUAGCAGUUGUGAUGCUCCUGUUAUAUAAAUUUCUGGCUAAACGCUAUGGCAUUGAGUGUGCACUUUGGAAAAGCAAGAUGAAGGAAACAGGCAUUUUGCACGUGCUGUGUAUCGAUAUAGGCUGCACGAAGGAAGAUGCAUCCAAACUUCAGUUUAUUCUGGAAAAUAAUUUGAGUACUAAAAUCAAGUUCACCCGAAUAAUAGCUCUGCCCGACACUAAAAUUGCCUCAAAAAUGUCUGCGUUGUGGAAAAAUUGGAAAUUGUCCACACCUUCCACAACAGAAAACCCUCUCCAGAGGUCAUCCAUGUGUAAUGAUACUACCGUGUGCGAAAGCAAACAGAAAGCAGACGAUAUAUUCAAUAUUCUAAUUUGCUUUAUGGUUUCGAGUUUUUCAGACGAAAAAUUAUCCGAAUAUAUUUGCAAAUUACGCGCCAACUUACCGUUGACAGCACAGCUUCAUGUUCAGAUAUGUGCAGUCACCUUUGCUGAUAAACUAGCUCUAGUACAAAGCAAAACCGCUUUAAAAUGUUAUUCCCUCAACCAAGACAAGCAGGAUUUUGUGACGGCCGUCAAGAAGGCAUUUUCAGGGCAUACUAAGGACAAGGAUGUGUCGGUUGUGUAUGCAUGCGGGAAAACGCAUUCAGAAUUUGGAGCGAUAAAUGGUGUCAAAGCUGAUAAAAGUUCACAAAACUAUGUGGCUUUACCAAAAUCUCAAACCUAUAGUGGCAGAAAUGUUGGUGAUUUUCCAAAAACUGAUAAAGAAAGAGAACUGACCAAUAAUUGUGUACCAGAAAUCAUGUAUCUCGGUGUCGCGGAACCACGUAGAGAACGUUAUGUAUCGAAUGACUCGGGUCGUGGUGUAAGUGAACUCUCCUAUAAGCCGGGAUACUCACCAGAAGAUCGCGAUGGAUUCUGGGAAGAAACAACCACACCGCUAUCUGCAUUACAUAGCCAUCAGUUUCUGCCAACCGAUCAAAACGGAUUUAUUGAUAAAUAUCCUAAGCAGGGAACGGGAUGUCCUUCAUGUAACAUAUCGUUUUUCCCUCCGGAUCCGUCGGUAAUUUCUGAAAACGAUUUUGACCCAAAUACAACAGAUCUUGAUGCGGCAGACGACAGUGUCAGUUACAAGGAGUGCGCAGUUAAACCUUUCUCAGAGAAAAAAUGUUCCAGCUGUCAGAACGGCUUGACAAAGCCUGAUGCUAACUCAAUGGACUCCUUGAUGGACAAAAUGGCAGAAAUUAAUGAACGAAGUGCAAUUAUGAUGCUGCAAAACGCAAGUCCAGGAGAAGUGCACAGUGUUUGGGAGGAACAUGUUUAGUGGUGUUCGAUGCAUAUUUCUCGAGGAUGAGGAUUUUGUUGACGAAGCGUAACUUGUCCAUCUCUUCCAAGAGGUAAAACAGACGCGGAUCAUUGAUCAUACCAAGGUCGGGGUAUAACGCGAUGAUUUAAUGGCUCAAUGGCUACUUGCAGCGAAAUAUUUAGCUUAACCCAUCAGUCACAAAACUAUCUAAGUUCGUUUUGUAUUGAAUAUUGCCUCAGUAAGUGCAGCUGGCAACUGUAGACGCCACGUGCUAGGUCACGUGCAAUGUAAUCAUGCAUUCACGCAUAAAUCGCCGGACGAGGACAUGUUCUUCCCAGAUUUUACAUAAAUUUCAGAAGAAAUGUCUACAGAUAUUUUCUUAUAGAAAAACUGUUUGCUAUCUUUUAUAAUUACAAAAUAUUCUUCUUAGUAGAAGUGUAGAUUUUACAUUUUGUUUUAAUUUUUAGAGUUUAAGAAAAUUUGGAAUUUAAUAAAUGAAACAAAAUGAAAUAUGAAGUCAAAUCUUGGUUUGUCUGGUUGAAUCAAUUUGGGUUUGUUAAAUGUGGGCUUAAUUUAUAUUUUUAGCAAAGAGAAAUUCCAUGAAUGAUAAUUACAAAAGGCUGGUUCUUAAUGAAAUAAACAUAUAUAGCUACA